AACAACCGGCGGAUUGAGUUAUGACCAAACCGAGCAAACGUUCAAACAGGAAAAUCAAGUUCACUUCAACAACAACAAACACCGCCUCGGCACUCUUCAAAAUUAAAGCAUAUUCCAUCAACAUACAGGGAGUACUCAACUUUGAAAUCACAAACCGGAAACAGGACGGGUGACGACCACAGCACAUGCAAGCCAAUGAGAAAAUGCUAGUUUGCAUGAAGUGCUCGGUUUAGUUUGAACUUCCGUGCCGCUGUUUAGCGAAAAAAAAAACCCAUCUCAUGUUACAACGGGGCAAGGUUCUGCUUUUGGAUGCGGCUCGUUGGCCGGCGUGGGUGGAUUGGAUCCAGCUGACAGCUCGGCGGAUGUUGCUAGCUUAGCUGCUCCAGCUAGCAAAACGCACAGAAGUGAGGCGGCCAGGUGAAGAAGACACGUCCCUUCAGUCAUGGCGGGUGGAAUCACAGACACAGGCGAGCCCUACUCUCCAUUUGUGGGGCUGGUGUACAUGUUCAACCUGAUCGUGGGAACGGGAGCGCUCACCAUGCCCAAAGCCUUUGCCACAGCCGGCUGGGUGGUCAGCUUGGCCCUCAUCUCCUUCCUGGGGUUCAUGAGCUACAUGACCACCACCUUCGUGAUCGAGGCGAUGGCGGCGGCGAACGCUCAGCUGCGCUGGAAGAGGCGGGAACAGGACGAGAUCAACGACGACGACUCCACCUCGGACUAUUCGGAUGAUGACGUCACAGGAAGGGGGCGGUCUGAACCGGAGACGAAGCCCAUCCUGUCUGUCCAGCGGUCAGGAGGUCACGGGGACCAUUUUGACAUUGCAGAGCGCGUGGAGAUGGGUCAGAUGGCUUCCCUGUUCUUCAACAAAGUGGGCGUGAACAUGUUCUACAUCUGCAUCAUUGUGUACCUGUACGGAGACCUGGCCAUCUACGCCGCAGCUGUCCCUAUCUCGUUGAUGGAGGUGGCAUGUGGAAACCACUCGUGCAGCGCUGGAGCUGUGAAGUACAACGACACAGAUGCAUGCUGGGGCUCCGUCACCAGGAAAGAUGCCUACAGGGUGUUUCUGAGCAUCUUCACUGUUCUGUUGGGACCCUUCACUUUUUUCAACGCUCAGAAGACCAAAUAUCUUCAGAUCCUCACCUCACUCAUGCGAUGGAUUGCGUUCACCAUGAUGAUCAUCUUGGCGCUGAUCCGCAUCAGCAAAGGCGCCGGCGAGGGCCGGCCACCCGCCGCCUCGCUGUCGGGCGUGCCCAACCUGUUGGGCGUGUGCGUGUACUCCUUCAUGUGUCAGCACUCGCUGCCCUCGCUGGUCACGCCCAUCUCGGACAAGAAGCGCGUGGGCGUGCUGGUGCUGGCCGACUACGUGCUCAUCCUGGCCUUCUACCUGCUGCUGUCCUUCACCGCCAUCUUCUGCUUCGACAACUCGCUGCUGCACGACAUGUACACGCUGGACUUCACCGACAACUGCGAGGUGCUGGACGUGCCCUUCCUGCGCUACUUCCUGGGCCUCUUCCCCGUCUUCACCAUCAGCACCAACUUCCCCAUCAUCGCCGUCACGCUGCGCAACAACUGGAAGACGCUGUUCCACCGCGACGGCGGCACCUACCCGUGGGUGGUGGACCGCGUGGUCUUCCCGCUCAUCACCCUGGUGCCGCCCGUCCUGGUGGCCUUUUGCACCCACAACCUGGAGUCCAUGGUGGGCAUCACGGGCGCCUACGCCGGCACGGGCAUUCAGUACGUGGUGCCGGCGCUCCUGGUGCACUACGCCCGGCGUCACGUGGAGCCCGUCAUGGGCCGCGACGCCAUCAACAAGCACCGCUCGCCCUUCCGCCACGCCGUGUGGGUGUGGUUUGUGGUGCUGUGGGCCGUCUUCUGCCUCAUGUUCGUCACGGCCAACAUCAUCCUGACCGACGCCAAGAAGUGACCGCACGUCCGCGCGCGGAACCUCAUUCUGGGCCAGGAAGGACCACAGUUUCCAAAGUUUUCAUAUCUGCUGGAUUGUGGCCUCACAAAUUGUUGACCUUGACACUUUUACAGCGAAUCUGGGUUAGUUUUAGCCUCAUUCUUGUGAGAAUCCUGCGUGGGACUGAAGCAUUAAGGCAGGGGCGCCCAAACUUUUUCCACUGAGGGCCACAGACUGACAAAUCAAAGGUUGCGGGGGCCAUUUUGGUAGUUUUCUCCUUUAAAACCAGUACAAUAUGUAGAUUUUUUUUCCAAAGAACGAGAAAAUGCAAUUUCAGUAAAAAUUUCGGAGGAAUGCUGAAGAGCCAAAGCAGAACUGAAAUGCUAACAGUUAGCAAGCUGGCCAGAUAGCGUCAGUUAACAAAAAAUAUGGGCAAAAUUAAAAAAGCUAACAUGCUAAUAGUACUAUGCUAACACGCUAACAAGAGCAUGAUUACAGUUAGCAUAAGUGAAAUACCAAAAUAUGACACUGCCUGAUAAAUUAACUAAAAAAUAUGUCUCAUGCUAAAAGGCUCAUUGUAACCUGCGUCAAGUACCAAAGUAUAUUACUCUGAGGUGUGUACCUGAACAUUUUGUUUAAAAUGCCAGCCUGCUAACGUUAGCAUGCAUCAAGUGCCAAAAUAUGGCUGAGAUGGAUACCUACAAAAUUGACCAAAAAAAGCUAACAUUACUAACAUUGGCAUGCUAACAGGAAUCAUUUGUCAAGUAGUAAAAUAUCUGACAGAGGUGUAUACCAUCAAAAUUAGCAAAAAUGCUAGCAUGCUAACAUUGGCAUGCAUCAAGUACCAAAAUAUGACUGAGGUGUAUACCUACAAAAUUUGCUAAAAAAAAAAAGAAAAACUGGCAUACUAACGUUAGCAUGCUAACAGGUAUAAUUCGUCAAGUAACAAAAUAUUUGAUGCUAAGGUGUAUACCAAUUGGCAUGCAUCAAGUACCAAAAUAUGACUGAGGUGUUUACCUACAAAAUUAGCGUUAAAAAAAGGUGGCAUACUAACGUUAGCAUGCUAAUAGGUAUCAAUUUGUCAAGUAGCAAAACAUUUGACACUGAGGUGUAUAUAUACCUACAAAAUUAGGAAAAAAGCUAGCAUGCUAAUAUUAAAAUGCUAGCCAUUGUAUUAAAAAAAUUAGCUCGGUGCCACAAAUGACCCCCGGCCCGCACUUUGGACACCCCUGCAUUAAGGACUGGGCGUUGCUUCAUUUAUCCAGGGCUAGCUGCAGUGUGCCCAAACAACCACCAGGUAGCAUCUGUGAGCAGAUAAUACUGUAUCAUCUCUUUCUCUUUCGGACUUAUCAGGUGGGUAGUGCAUUCUUCUUGAAGUGAGUGUGCGGUAAAAACUAACCCAGACCCUCUGUAGACAUAAGUAAACGACUUUUUAGGCGGGUAGAAGAUGGCGGGUGUGGACCCAAACACCCGCCAAGAACUUCAGGACCUGGACUAGAACCAAAGGACCAAGAUGAGCACAAUAUUAGGAACAGCUGAGACUCUUUGGGAAGUGAUUGGAGGUGUAACUAAUCAAUAAUCAAUAACGCUUAGUCCUCCUGAGAGUGAUGACAUCAUUUAUGUGAGAAAGUGGGCGAUGACGUCACUAGCAGUGAGAGACGCUCUUUAAAGAAAGGACGACAGAAACCCUGAAGAUGAUGAUGAUGAUUCUAAACGUGCCUUUUGAUGUGCUCGUUAUCUUUUCAUAACCCUGACAAUCCCGACCAAUCACCGCCGCUCUUUGUGUCAUGUGACUCCACUUCAAAGCUUUGCUGCCUCAAUCGUUUUUUUUUUUUAUAAUGAAAGUUUGAAGAAGAAAAAAAAGUUCAUUAAAGUAAAAUUUCAGCUUCAUGUCUUCGCUUUCAUCUUUUUCAUCCAUGUGUUGCCAUGACGACACGUAACAAAAUCCACUAGAGAACAUUUUUAGAGAAAACUGACGUGUGGAAAUGUGGAGUGACAGAAAAAGUGAGAAUUUAAAUCAGAUUAAAACUUGUUAUUUUGAAUGUUUUGAUGCUGGAAUGAUGGAUGUGCCAUUACAGGCUUGAUGCUGCCGAUAUCAAUCAUCCCUGAGUGAGAUACUGAUCACAUGUAUUAACUGUAAAUGUUUUAUUGUAUUUGUCCUGCGUGCUAUUGACAGUGUAACAAUAUCAACACAAUAUUUUAUUUUUUAUUACUCAUUUUUCCUUAUUUUUUGUUUACAUACAAAUGUCUGAUCAAGACAAACUCAAUAGUACAAAAUAAAGUGCGAUACAAGCA